AUCAUGCAAAACCAGAGUGUUGUCAGUGAGUUCAUCCUCCUGGGGCUUUCACAGAACCCCACAGUUGAGAAAACAUUAUUUGUUGUAUUUUUGGUGAUCUACCUUGCAACUGUUGGGGGCAACAUGAUGAUUGUGGUGACCAUCGUCUACAGCCCUGCACUGCUGAGCUCCCCCAUGUACUUCUUCUUGGUAUUUCUGUCCUUAUUGGAUGCAUGCACUUCUUCUGUUGUCACACCCAAGACAACCAUGGACUUUUUCUAUGAGAGGAAGACCAUAUCCUUUGAAUGCUGCAUGACACAACUGUUUGCUCUCCAUUUCUUUACGGGGGUGGAAGUGAUCAUACUGACAGCCAUGGCAUAUGACCGCUAUGUGGCCAUUUGCAAGCCCUUGCGUUACCCUUCCAUUAUGAACAGAAGAUUGUGUGGCACUCUGGUGGGAGUGGCCUGGGCAGGAGGCUUCUUGCACUCUGUCAUACAGAUUAUCUUCACUUUGGAGCUGCCCUUCUGUGGGCCGAAUUUUAUUGAUCACUUCAUAUGUGAUUUGUUCCCGUUACUGAAGCUUGCCUGCACUGACACACACAUUUUUGUCCUUUUGGUGUUUGCUAACAGUGGGUCCAUCUGCAUCAUCAUCUUCUCCUUGUUGCUUGUCUCCUAUGGUGUCAUCCUCUUCUCUCUGAGAGCACACAGCUCUGAAGGAAGAUGUAAAGCUCUCUCCACCUGUGGAUCCCACAUUACUGUUGUGGUUUUGUUCUUUGUCCCAUGUAUAUUAAUAUAUGCACAACCUGUAUCUGCAUUUUCCUUCGAGAAAAAUGCGCUUAUAUUUACCACCAUCCUGACACCAUUGUUCAAUCCUAUAGUUUAUACUUUCAGAAAUAAGGAAAUGAAAAAUGCUAUCAGAAAAAUGUGGAAGAGAUUCAUAGUGGUUUCUGAUCAAUAUUGA